AUGACUAAGCGCUUGGUCUUUCCAAUCUGGUUCUCCCACUACCAGCAAGAAGCCAACAUCACUUCGUCACAACCGCUUCCAUUGGGUCUUCGACAGGCCUCAGACGAUUCAAUACCCUCAAUAUGGCGAUUAAACCUAUCACUGGCAUGCUCCGAAGGGGGCUUGUCCUCGAUCUCUCCGUCGCUCUCGGUCUUGGUACUGCUUCCGGAUACUACUGGUGGUACGGUACGUAGCGGCGCCCCAGCGCACCUCAUCGACAACGUCAAAACUCGAUUCAUGCUCAUCAUUGAUACAGGUUUCCACAUCCCAAUCGUCCGUAAGCGCGACGCCUACUACAACAAGCUUGAGGAGGAACGCAAUGCUGGGAUUGGACGAUGA